AUGAAGGGCAACAAAGGACCUGUUGGUGAUAAAGGACCUAAAGGUGGCAAGGGACCUGGUGGAAAUUCUCAACCUAAAGGACCUAAUGGCGAUAAAGGGCAAAGCGGCGAGAAAGGAAUGAAGGGCAACAAAGGACCUGUUGGUGAUAAAGGACCUGAAGGUGGCAAGGGACCUGGUGGAAAUUCUCAACCUAAAGGACCUAAUGGCGAUAAAGGGCUAAGCGGUGAGAAAGGAAUGAAGGGCAACAAAGGACCUGUUGGUGAUAAAGGACCUAAAGGUGGCAAGGGACCUGGUGGAAAUUCUCAACCUGAAGGACCUAAUGGCGAUAAAGGGCUAAGCGGCGAGAAAGGAAUGUUGGGCAACAAAGGACCUGAAGGUGGCAAGGGACCUGGUGGAAAUUCUCAACCUAAAGGACCUAAUGGCGAUAAAGGGCAAAGCGGCGAGAAAGGAAUGAAGGGCAACAAAAAGGACCUGAAGGUGGCAAGGGACCUGGUGGAAAUUUCAAAAUAA